AUGUUUUCUACUGACUCGUCUGAGAAUUCAAAAGUUGUUCCUUUUCGCGCUACUAAUUGCGUGGAAAACACUAAAAACACUAAUGGUCCCCUUUCUUGUCACCAUAACAUACCCCCUCCACAAUUAUACUCUUCAAAUACGACUAUGCUAUCAUUCAAUAAUGUUGAACAAUCGUAUUCAAGAGUAGUUGGUCAAGUCUAUUCAAGAGAAACUGUAACGACAAUUUAUGGUGAUCCGACUUCAUCAAAUUGUUGGAACCAACGUCAAGUCGGUUUCUAUUGUUAUGUGUGUCAAUCCAUUAUAAAUCCUCAAGAUUUUCAUUCUUGGGUUUCUUGCGCUUCAACGAAUUGUGACGUUUACGCUCAUGGUGGAUGUUUAAUGAAAAAUGGGUUUCAUGAUAGGAAUGGUUCUUGGUAUUGUCCAAGAUGUAUUUCUGCUACUCAUCAAUCAUUUUCGGCUCCUGUUCGUUCAAUGGAACAAAUUACCUCAAAUUCUGUUGAAAAUAAUCCCUCUCCACCAAUAAAUCCAUUACAUUUAUUGUUGGAAGCUUCUGAUCAAAUACAAUCAAAUUCAGGUCCUGAUAAUAAUAUCUCGGUCAACACUCCCGUAAUUCAUCGAGAAACUACAUCAUCUCAAUAUUCUGAUGUUAAUAACAACUCUUCUCAUACCGACUUUAUGUCCUGUGAUCCUGUUCCCGAUCAACGUCUUUUGAAUUAUAACACGAAUAUUGAUUUAAUGUGUGCUAACGAACGUAAUAACGUUAUUCGUAAUCUUGAACGCACCCGUAUGCGUCAAGAUAAAGUCUCUGAUGCUCUUAAUGAUUCUUUAAAUCGUCUUACCGAUGAAUUCAACAAGCAUCUUAAAAAUAAUCAUAAUUUACGUGAAGAUAAUAAUAAACUUAACAAUGCUUUGCAAAAACUUAAACUCGCUUUGAUUCCUUUAGCUCAAGAAAGGCCUGUUUUGCAAGUAUUACGUAAGAUAACUCAGAACGAUAAUUUACAAAGUCAAGAUAUAACCACCGACAACGUUUUAAAUUUGUUUAUGGGUCUUUUACCUCAAUCUACUGUCUCAAAUUUAUUCGGUACCUCUUUAUCAAAUCAUCUGGGUACUUCAAGUUCUUCUUCCACUAUUCAAUCUUCUUCCUCCCCUUCAUUGGAUUCUUGUCAAAAGUGUUCAAAUUUUGGUGAAAAUUUGAUCCGUUGUUAUUAUUGUCAAAAAGUUCAACAUGUAGAAUGUUGUAGUAAAGAUGAAAAAUCUUCGAUCGAUACCAUGAAUGAACGAUGGACUUGCGUAGAUUGUAAAGAUUCUUCUAUGGCUAAAAGAAAGCAUUACAGUGAUAAAAAAUCUAAUUCCAACGGUCCAUCAUUAACUUUAAUUGGAAAUUAUAAACGUAUCAAAACAAAUGAUAAAAACUCUUUAAAAGACAAUUCAUCUUUAUACAGUAUUAGCACUCAUAACCUUGAUAAUUCUGGCGUUUUAUCUCCUCAACUCACUCCACAACAAUUAAAGUCAACAAACGGCGGUACUCAAAAUAAUGUUGAUGAUAUGGUGGAGCGUUAUGCUAUGCCACAUACUCCAAUGUCUGACGAUGAUAAAAUUACUAGUGAUGAUAAUGAUAGUAGCUUUAGUAGUGAUUUAGAAAUCGAUGAUGAAAGUCAUAAAGAUAAUUCAACACCUGGAACUUUUGAUCGAACUCCUCCACCUGAUAAUGGUCCAGAAGCUUCUAGACAACCUGCUCGUUUCGAUGGUGACAUGUAUACACCACGUUGGGUUCGUGGUGUUGGAAAAUCGAAAGAAGGUCUUUGUCCUCAUUGUGAACCCGCUCGAUGGCUCAAAACGAAAAUUUCUGCUUAUUGGUAUCAUUUAAAUUACCAACAUGGGAUCUCUUCAAUUACUGGUAGACCAUUUGCUCAACCAAUUGCUGAACGACUUAAUAAGAAAUCAGGUAUGAAAGAGGCUUUGUGUCAUAAAUGCAAUAAAUGGAUCCUGAAUCAAUCGCCAAGAGAUAAGGAUGUAUUGGUUCCUGAAAUCUAUUGGUAUAAACAUGCACAAAAAUGUCAUCACACUCCUUGA